AUGACCAAAAUGAACGUGGACCUGCCCGGCAUGAUUGGGCAACAAAAUUUAAUCGUCGACGACAUUUUUACGGACAAUUUUAAGCGCAAGAAACUGCAAGAUGAAUACGGUGAUGGAAAUCUUAAGAAGCCCGACGCGUUUAAUAAUAACAAUUUGAAGUUGAUUAACAAAGAAAUAUCCCCUAAAAGGAAAACUUCAAAAAAUAUAGAAGAUAAUUACGUAAAUACGGAAUUAAAUAUAAGUAUAGACAAGGAUUCUAAUAGAACUAUAAGGCUGGAGCUUCGGCAUCCAGGGAGUGAUUCAGAUUACAAAAAUGGUCACCGGGAUGACACGAAUGAUCAUAGAGGCAUAGAGAAUGGGAUUGAGGAGUAUUCUUUGAAGGAUGGUGUGGAUGUUAUGGAGAGGGAUGAGAACAGUGAGGACAUGAACAGGCAUGAUGACUACGCGAAUGGAAACGACGAGGAGAACGACGAACAUAAGGCAAACUUAAUUCCAUAA